CAAAAGCUGCUUUGGAUCCUGAUGAUUAAAAGUGAAAAGGAACAAUGAGUCCAACACGCAGGCGCGUUUGGCUUUGCCGGGCCCCUCCCCGGAUGGGCGGGGAGAAACGUCCCGCCUCCCGCCGCAGUCCUCACGCAGGUCCGCAUGCAGACCAUAAAAGGGAGCUGUUCCCGCACUGUAUCAUCUCCCUAGCAGCGAUGUCUGGACGUGGCAAGGGUGGUAAGGGUCUGGGCAAAGGCGGCGCCAAGCGCCACCGGAAGGUGCUGCGCGAUAACAUCCAGGGCAUCACCAAGCCCGCUAUCCGCCGCCUGGCCCGGCGCGGCGGCGUGAAGCGCAUCUCCGGCCUCAUCUACGAGGAGACUCGCGGGGUGCUGAAGGUCUUCCUGGAGAACGUGAUCCGCGACGCCGUCACCUACACGGAGCACGCCAAGCGCAAGACGGUCACGGCUAUGGACGUGGUCUACGCGCUCAAGCGCCAGGGACGCACGCUCUACGGCUUCGGCGGCUGAGUUCACGUCCUCCUAACUAACCCACAAAGGCCCUUUUUAGGGCCACCACCCUUUCUGAGAGGAGGUGUGAUACUGACUAUCCUACCUGCUCGGUUCGCGAUAGGGCCGAUCUUGUAGGUUACCGUGGUUGGGGUGCUAUCGUUUCUGGCUCCUGGCAGUGAGCUUCACGCAGAAGGAACUGCAGGCCCUGCAGCCCCUUGCUAGAGGUGGCGAGGGACCUGGAGACGGUUUAAGGGCGCAGGAGUCCUGGGAGGGUUGGAUGGCUAUCGGACCGCGCCGGGGGCUCAAGCCAGUUGGGUAUAAAUUACUGUGCUUUCACAAAUUAACCAACGCUGAAGGAAUAGGCCCCCAUCCACCAGCUGACUGUGUCGGCACUGCCCCUGAACUCAUUACCAUUUUUUAAAAAGUAUUUAUAUACUUCAUACUACAUGUAUGUAGUUUACGCUUUUGCACACUUAAAUUUGAGUCCAUUUACCCUCUACACUGAGAAGACGCUGUUUACUGAAAGCUAUUUGUUUGCUUUCUUCUAUUGGUUCAGCCCGGACCUGGCAGUUUGUCCCCCUGCACCGCGGUGUACACAGCGCAGCGCCAUAGUCGCAGGAGAGGAAUUGCUCCGCGGUAAUUAACCUGUAAUCGCAGCACUUUGGAGGCUGAAGCAGGAGAAACAUGUGUCUCAGCAGAGCCUGGGCAACGUAGUGGGACCUGUCUCAAAAAGGACAAAAUGUACCUCGGCGCAAAGCCCUGGGGUCAGUCCCCAGUAUGAGGAAAAAGGAGUCCCCACAUCCUUUCCAGGGCAGGUCCUUUACGCUCCCGGGCCCCCCAGUUUGGCUGCCCCAUCUUUUCACAUUUGCUCCUAUUGACCCCGAAAUUUUGCCAAUGUGCAGGUUUCCUGAAUAAUAUGUAGCCAUUUAUUUA